UUCCAGCUGCGGAGACGCAAAAACGAGCAGGCUUUUGGAACAAAAAAGCUUGGAAGAAGAUAUCUGGGUUUUCUAGUUCUAACAGCAUCAACAAAGCCGGGCUUACUGGUCUGCUCGUUAGGUACACUUUCCGGCGUAAGUCCGGCUCGCAGGGCUCUCAGGGCAAGCGGCGUGCCGAGCCCGUCAAAUGCGAUGCGUGCCUCUCACAGCGAUGUUAGCCGCUCUAUGAUGACGCGGUUAGGCCAAGCAGAGCUAAAUCCAGAACAGCCACUAUACCGUACAGCUACUCCAACGGAAAACUGGUGGUGCCGCUGGAUUCCCUAGCACAGAGCUGAGGGGCCAGUCCCCCUCGGCAUUCCCGCCUCCAACUCCUCAGAGGGACUCCUCAACACCGCAGGCCAGCGGUAGACACCACCAGUGACGUAGUUCGACAACGAGCUAAGAACCAUUGUGUUACUUGAAACGUUUAAAGAAACAUUCCAUUUUACUUCAACAAUAGGUACGAGUAUCGUUAAUGCCACCUCAGCUAGUCUCAAAGACAAACUGUUCUUAGGUGUACCCAGUGUAAAUAUAGUGAACGGACAUUCAAAUAAUACUGUAGGAGAAACGGGGAGAGUAUACGUUGAAGUGAUAGAAAAGCCUAAAUUAAUUAUUUGUAUUGUUAUAACGAUCGUUUCAUAGAAACGUAAUGACUACAUUGUUGUUACUUAUCAAUUUUUAGUAGUUAAUAGGUACAUGAAAAGGCUGACAAAGUUGAAGAAUCUGAUUUUGUACAUGAUAUGAGCUGCCAUCUUAGCUAAUAUUUUAAUUUUGUCUACCAAUUUGGAAUUUAUCUGCGACAUUUUCUAUAUCACAAAUAUUUGAUAGUACAUCGAUAUAAUUCAAUCUAAGUAAAAUUCGUUCUAAAAUGCUACAGAUUUUGCCCAAACCAUGGUGCUUGACAUAACAUUACAGUGACAUCUUUCACUAUUCUCACUACAAGCAUUGUCGUGUAAAUACGAUUUCAUGAGCCGAGCUACAAAAAAUUGUAAGGUCCAAUCUAUUUAUUUCAACAUAAAUAUAAUAACGUGUAAAAUUUUGUUUAAUAAAUGUUUUAAACGUUAAUCACAUUCGGUAAAUAUUGUUAAUAAUUGUUAGUACAUAGUUGUAUAUUUGUAAAUACAUGCGAAAAACAUGGUGCACUACUUUGUUUAUAAUUUAUGUAAAUAGAUAUAAAUGUACCUAUACAGUCACAGUCGUAAUGCUUUUAUAAUAUUUUAAAUGCAAUCGUCGUACUUGAGUGUCACUUUGAAUAAAUGAAAAAAAAAAUGUCAAAUAUCGAAUUUGUUUUGUAUUUAUUGUGGGAUGUAUCUCAUGUGGUAUAUUGGUGUUGGAAUACAUGCCUUUCGUAGUAUUUUGGUAUUAAGUCAUUGAUCCAUUACGUUUACCGCCGCGGCGUGAACGUCGUUUGUAUGCGGGCCGGCGGCAAAUGGAGCGCCGGCAUUACAUGUACAGAUUUGACAUAUGGGAAUUACUAUACGUGCUGAUUACAUACAUAAAUAAAAUCUGCUUUCACUCUACGCCAGCCGUCAAUAUAAAUGAGUCCGUAAUGUGGAUAUCGAUUCACUGAUGUUAUUUCUUGAAACUAAUUGAUUAGGGGCGAUUUUAAUACAGUCGCGUACAUUUUUAAACAGUAAUCAUUGAUUAUCGAUGGUAAUAACUUUUAUCAGCGCAGAGUGAACAUAUUUUGAUUUAUCCGUUUUCGUGAGACCAGAGCAAUGUACAUAGGUAGUGAUAUUGUAUAUUUUCUUUAUAUCAGUCAGUGGAGUCUGUCUUGUAACUAAUAUUAUUCUAAACUCGACUGAUACAACGUAAAAUAAUCUCAAUGUUACAUGAAAUAAUAUUUCUUUAAUUGUCUGUAAUUUAGUGAUCGUGUUCAAGUCAAAAGAGAUUUUUAUUAAAUAAAUUACAAAAAGUCUUUGA